AUGACUACGCCUUUUAAGCUGCUUAUCUUUGGAGAUCAGACCUACCAUGUACAUCCCCAUCUCCGAGAGCUGGUGCAAUCGAAUGAGCCAAUCCUAGUGGAAUUCCUUGACAGAACCUAUGCCGCCUUGCGUACGGAGCUAUUUCGUCUCCCUCCCGAGCUUCGAGAGGCCCUGCCACGGUUCACGAGCAUCACAGACCUGGCAUUAUGGGGUGAGCAGUCGGAAGGUGUUCAUUUGGUAGCUUUAGACAUGGCAGUGACCUGCCUAUAUCAUCUAGCUGCAUUUAUUAGUCGGUUCAGUCAUUCAUACCCAUUACCAGAGGAAUGCCAUAUACUUGGUCUUUGCACGGGUACCUUGGCAGCAUCCGCAGUGAGCUGUUGUACAAAUGUCCUGGAGUUGGUGCCAAUAGCUAUCGAGACGGUUGUUGUCGCCUUCCGUACGGGUCUCCUCGUGUCAGAUGUCGGAAGCCGCAUAGAGGCUCACGAUAAUUCCGAACCCUGGUCCUUGCUGGUUCCCAGUUCUGAUGCAGCCCAAGCUGUGCAGGACUUUUGUCAGGGGAGCGCUCUACCACUCACAUCGCAACCCUAUAUCAGCGCAUAUUCACCCAGCUGUGUCACUGUCACCGGGCCUCCCAGUAUCCUCUCUCAAUUAAAAGAUACAAAACUCUUCCAGGGUCUGAAUAUCAGGUCAAUCCCUGUUUAUGCUCCAUAUCAUGCGCGACACCUUUUCUCUCCAGAUGAUAUUGAAGAGAUUUUGAGGCCGGUGCCGGCCGCAGCCGGGGCCCCCAGACUCCCAGUUAUCUCAAGCAUUACUGGAGAUUAUAUCACCGCGCCUGACAUUAAAUCUCUCCUCAAAGUAUCCUUGGAGCAAAUCCUGCUUGACAAGAUCGACUGGAAUCAGAUUCUGGAAAAGUUUACGGGGUCACUGACAAACGUCACUCAGUCAACAUUUACAGUUGUUCCGUUCGGGACCCUCGCUGACCAGACUAUUUACUCAGCCGCACGGCAGGAGUCCUUGAAAGGUAUGCAGCUCCCGCAUCAUGUCAGACAAUCGUCCGUUCUCGAGACUGUCAAUUCAGGACGAAAGUCUAAGAUCGCGAUUGUCGGUAUGUCCGGAAGAUUUCCAAACGCCAGGGAUCGCGAGGCCUUCUGGGACCUUCUCUACGAGGGCCUUGAUGUGCACAAGGAAGUCCCUCCCCUGCAUUGGGAUGCCAGGACUCAUGUGGAUGUGAGCGGAAAACUAAAGAAUACGAGCGCAACACCAUUUGGCUGCUGGCUUGACGACCCGGCGGCGUUCGAUGCUCGGUUCUUCAACAUGUCUCCCCGGGAAGCGCCUCAGGUAGACCCUGCCCAGAGAAUCGCGCUGAUGACUGCAUACGAGGCGAUCGAGCAGGCAGGUCUUGUACCUGACGCAACUCCGUCAACCCGAAGAGACAGAGUUGGUGUCUUCUAUGGUGUUACCAGCAAUGACUGGAUGGAAACGAACAGCGCUCAGAAUAUUGAUACCUAUUUUAUCCCGGGAGGAAAUCGGGCCUUUAUUCCGGGGAGAAUCAACUAUUUCUUCAAAUUCAGCGGGCCCAGCUAUGCUGUUGACACGGCAUGUUCGUCGAGUCUAGCUGCAAUUCAUGUGGCCUGUAACUCUCUGUGGAGAGGGGAUAUUGACACUGCCAUUGCUGGGGGUACCAAUAUUCUGACAAAUCCGGACUUCACAGCGGGGCUAGAUAGAGGUCAUUUUCUAUCAAGAACGGGAAAUUGCAAAACGUUCGAUGACGAGGCAGAUGGCUAUUGCCGAGGAGAGGGUGUCGGAACGGUCAUUCUAAAGCGUCUUGAGGAUGCACUUGCAGAAAAUGACCCAAUUCAAGGAGUGAUUCUAGGAGCGUAUACCAAUCAUUCCGCUGAGGCAGACUCUAUCACCAGGCCACAUGUUGGCGCUCAACGCGCAAUAUUUAGGAAGAUCCUUAAUGAAAGCGGCGUUGACCCAUACACAGUCAGCUAUGUCGAGUGUCAUGGAACCGGCACCCAGGCUGGCGAUGCCACUGAAAUACAGAGCGUUUUAGACACGUUUGCUCCUUCCACCUAUCCUGGGCGGGGAGACAACCAACCUCUUUAUCUGGGCUCAGCAAAGGCCAAUAUUGGUCACGGUGAAGCGGCAUCUGGAGUAUCAAGCCUGGCCAAGGUGUUGCUCAUGCUAGAGAAGGGCUUUAUUCCACCCCAUUGUGGGAUCAAAACAAAGAUCAACCACAAGUUCCCAGCAAAUCUGGAGCAGCGCAAUGGUCUUUUUGAAUAA